UUGAUGUAACUUAUCCAACUACCAACCAAACACAUCAGAUUCUUCCCUACACUCCACCACAUACAAACACUUCCUUUCUCCCUUCUCCCUUCGAUCCAUCGCUUUUCCCUUUUUCCUAAACUAGUUUGCUCGAUUCUACUCAACAAUUCACUCUCCAACGCUUUCACCAAGCUCGACGGCAACGAUUUGUAGCUCCGGUGUGAUCGACGGCUCCGAUUUUCACGCUGACACGCUGAAUUCAACCAAAAAGUUUCAAGAGCCAAGUGAAGAUACCAACAAACUGAAUCACAAUGCAACCAAGAUGGAAGUGAAAUUACUAUAAUGGACAACACAUCCAACAAUCUACAGCUGACAGUUGUCCCUGAAUCUAAAGAACAGCCAUCACUCUCUAAUCAAGAAAGGAACCCAGAGCCUAUACAUGACAUGCAUCAAAGCCCAAGUUCUGAUAGUGGGACCCAUGUCUCAAAUUCCAAUCAAGAACCACCUGUAACACCCAAAAAAGCCUCCUCUAACACAUCACAGCAAACUCCUCCACCUCCUGGAUCUAUAUCAGAAGCUGAUCAAGAAAAUUAUAUUGUGGCAAUAAGGCCAGAAAAAGGGCUGGAUAAAUUACCUCUGAGACGCAACAUUGACAAUCUUACCCCUACACAGUCUGACCAAGGUAUCACUUUCUCAAAACUACCUGAGAAACCUACAGGGGAUGGGUAUAAUUGGAGAAAAUAUGGUCAAAAACUUGUAAAAGGGAAUACAUUUGUUCGAAGCUAUUACAAAUGUACAUUUGGUAAUUGCCCUGCAAGAAAACAAGUGGAACAUUCACAUGAUGGGCAUAUCACAGAAAUAAAUUAUUUAUGGAAACAUGAACAUCCUAAGCCUAUAAAUACUCUUGUUAAAGGCUCAGCAUUUGUUUUGCCUAUUCAAUCAAAAGCAUCUGAUGACCUUUCUCUAGUCACAUCUGAAGACCAUUCAUCAGUCCAUCCUGCAGCAUCUCAUGAACCCGAGACCAAUCAGCUUCAACUGGUUCCAGUACCUGAUAAUUCCCAAGAAUUGGCAGUUUCCCGAAGCGAGGGUAAUAAUGACAUUUCAUCAGAAUCCAAGAGACAGAAGAGAGAGAAUGAAGGGAUUUCAACAAAGACAAACUGUGAGCCUCGAGUAGUUGUUCACACAACAAGUGCAGUUGAUAUUGUAAACGAUGGUUAUCGGUGGCGCAAAUAUGGUCAGAAAUUAGUCAAAGGAAAUGUCAAUCCAAGGAGCUAUUAUCGGUGUUCAAGUGCUGGUUGUCCAGCAAAGAAGCAUGUGGAGAGGGCAGCCCAUGAUGAAAAGGUGGUGAUUACAACUUACGAGGGGCGGCAUGAUCAUGAUCUCCCGGCUGGUGGUCGGAAUGUGACUCCAAACAUCUCUGGAAUCGGGACGGGAACCGGAAAUGCUGAUUCCAAUGACGGGUCAAGGCCUCAACCGGUGGAAUCUGGUGCUAACUGAGUCAGCCUCUAACCUACCAUUGUAGUGUUGCUUAAUGCUUAUUCCCAAAGUAAGAAGUUUAGUGUGUUGGUUUUGCUCCACGCUUGUCUAUUUUAAAUAUAUUAUUAUUAUUAUUGAAUUCUACCCUUAGGUCUUCUCCAUGGUAGUCGAGUCACAUAGUGUUGUUAUAUUUUAUUUUUACUCAUAAAAAAAUUGUUAUGAUUGGCAGAUUAAAGAUCGGAUGAUUUGGAUGA